AUCUCUCAUUUUCGUUUACAUUUUCUUUCAUAUUACAUCAAAAAUGGAUCAUCAAUUGAUUUCGAGAAAGCGAGUCUAUGACGAUUCGGUCGAAUUAGAGAUCAAUUCCCCGGAGGUAAAAAGACUCCGGGAAGAUCUCUUAGACGAUUUAUACGAUUCGGAGUUUUGCACUCCGAGUCACGAUCUCGAUUCAUUCAUGAAGAGCUUCGAAAACGAAAUUACAGCUUCACCAUUGCCGGAGACUGCCGGAGUUUCGUCGGAGUCCGGCGAAUCUCAGCCGGAGUUAGGAUACCUUCUGGAAGCUUCUGAUGAUGAACUCGGACUGCCUCCGCCUAGCGAGGCAGAGACUGAGUCAGUCCGAGUUUGUACUGAGUCCGUGGGACUCAGUAACGAGUUUUGGGGAUUGGAGGACCAGAUACCGAGUUAUGACCCGUUUGAUUUGGGAAUUGUUGAAUCGGAUCAUUAUAGUGGCAAUAUGGGUGAAUAUGUUGGGUUAGAUGGUUUAUUUGAUCAUUCGGAUCUCGGGUAUGGGUCGGGUGAUUUUCUUUGGAGACCCGAAACUUUACCCGCUCAAUAGUUUAGUUUAGGGAAAGAUAUUGUAAAGGUUUUAAUAAUUUUUGUUUUUUUAAUAUACUAUUAUUUGAUUAAAAACGAAGAAGGAAGAACAAAUUAUAAUAUUUUCAUUCCCUUGAAAAUGUUAGCUAA